AUUAGAUGCUUUGGCUUGAAACAGAGAUACACAGUAUAAAGUUUGAGACAAGACUGUAACACAGACGUGCCGACUGGGGAGAAGACAGAAACAUGGUACCUGCUGAGGGCUCAAAUCCAGCAAGUGGUGGGAUGUCCAACCGAGACUCCCUGGGUUUUGGGGAACUGAUUCCCCACGAUGUGGUUGAGAUCUUUGCCCAAGAGAAGCAUCAUAAAAAGGGGAGGAAAAAGCGCAGUCACUCCCUGGGCCGGGCCUUGGGUUGGCUAAAGGGCAAGAAGAGGAAGAAUCUCGACGCCAAUGCGCAGAACCCCGGUCUCGGCCCCGCGUUGGACUUGGCUUUGGACGGACACGUGGCCGCGCAUCUCGGCGGGAACAAGGGAGGACACAAGUCAGGAAGACAGACCCAAGGAAACAGUCAUGCUGCGCUAAAUCUGCAUGAUGACAAGACCCCGCCUCCUCCGCUGCUCCAGGAGAACGUGUUCAUCGAGGCCAGCAGGCCCAAGUACCUUGAGGACCUUCACAGUGAGGCCUUGGAAGGCUUGAAAAUGAUGCAGCAGGAAGAUAACGCUGGACUGGAGUUCCAAGAUGAUGAAAGCACAAUUUCGACAAUGACGGCCCAGACAGACGGGGAGGGUGGAGGGUUUACGACUGACAGCACCAUUCCUGACGCAUCCUCUGUUGCCUCGAUGAAAUCGUCUGUGUCCACGAGAUCCUCCCGCUCUGGUCUCACCAGGCAAGGAUCAACAUUCAGGCCUUUAAACUCUGGGAAGCAAGCAGAAAAAGGCAGGACACGAAGACGACACAGGAAGACUGCGGCAAGCAUCCCUCGGCAUGUCCAGCGAGAAUUCGGUUUGGAUAGAGUUGGCCGGACAACGUCUUCAAAGUUAGAUGAGGAGGAGCAUUUCAACAGUGUGAGUGACGGCGAGCACCUCGAAGCUAAUGAGACCGGCCAAAACCGGAUCCAUCCCAUCAACCAAAACAAAGUUGAGCAGAAUUGUGCUGGUCAGAUCGAUGACCUGGCCGUGCUGCACCAACUGGGCCCGGACUUGCUGGAUGGGGAGAGGCCUCGGUCAUUGGCCGUUGCCUCAAUGACCACCGCCAACAGCCACCAGCAGGAAAUGCCCUCCCCGGUCAUGUCAAUGUCACCCCAGGCUGCUUAUAUGUCUAAAAUCAUCCCCAAUGCUGUGCUGCCGCCAUCGAUUGAAGUGGUGGAGAUCAGCCGAGGCCAGAGCCGCAACAGCCUCCGCACUGUCAGCAAGAGCAGCCUUCUUCUGUCCAGCCCUUCGCCAUCCCGUAGCUCCUCUAGAGGUUCCAAAAUCAGCUCAGCCUACCACCACAACCCCUACCACCUGUCAGACGCUUCAGGUUGGAGCCACUCCGAGUCCUCAGAGACUUUGGUGUCAGACUCUUCAACCAUCUCCAGCGGCAAUAUCUCGAGAAAGGCGUCCUCGCAAGACAAAGAUGCCGAUUCCAUCAAAAUCAUCAUCAAUGGCAAGCUCAUUAGCAAGGCACGUGACGCUACGCGAGAGGGACCCUUUGCGCGUAGCCUCUCUGUUAUGAAGGCCAAAAGGGCACCGGCGCCCCCAAGCCGCUCCUAUUCUCUGCACAACAAGAUGAAGCGGCGGUCACGAGAUUUAGCAGAGGUGGUGGUCAUUUCAAAGGAGCCCUCUCCUCAAAGCGGCACAGCUCUAGGUGGGGGGACUGAUGUGCCUGAAGCGUCCCCCGUGAGGACCAUUGAUAGCCCCGGCUACAACGGGGACACCAGCUCUCUGGAUGACUCAACGGGCUCUGUGAUAUUCCGUAUGGCAAAAACACCAGAGGCCAGUGACUCAGCUCAGGUGGGAAAAACUGUUUCUUCUUCACAACAAAAGUGGGAAUCAUCACAGGGGAAUAAAGUAAGCAAAAUAACCUCCCCAUCCAGCGGCUACUCCAGCCAAGACUGCAUGUCCCCACAGCUUCAUCCUUGCACCUCCUCACCAAAACACAAAGGCGGAAUUCUCGCAAAGCUGCAAAGGUUAUUUCCUGGUGCCUCAUCUCCACCCCGCCUUACACAUUUGGAAACAAAUGAAAACACAAGAUCCACCCAGGACCCAAAGUCAGAGAAAAUAGAUUGUGAAAGUGUCAGCCCCUCUGUGAGGACCUUGAGAGAACUCUUUGACAUCCCUCCACACCCGAAGGUCCAUGCACCUCCAGCCCCUCCUCCCGAGGUUUGGGCUCACAACAAACGCACCUUUGAGUUGCUUCUGGGACCCCCAGCUCCAGACAACGUCUAUGCCAUCAUCAAAAAGAAUCCGAAAGACAGGAGACAGCAGAGGUCAUCUGCAUCCGUGUCGACAGAGGGCUCAGUGAAAAGUUUGACUGGAGAACGAAAACCGAAAAGUCUACCGGCGACCGUGGAGUCGACGAAUGGAGUUGCGUUAGGGACACAGAAGGUUCAAGAAAGUGCACUUUUGAAUGUGAAUGAGGUUCACAAAACCAGCAAUGAAAGACUGAUUCAGAAUGUAGCUUCAGAAGGAAAUGGCAAAGUGAAACAGAACGAUGAGAAUGUACGUGUAAGUGAUAUAUUGAAUGGAAUGUUGGUGAAGGCGAUAGAGAAACGAGAAGAAAGGUUGGCCAUGAAGAGUGACGUGGGCAAAAAUCCACCCGCGCAAGCUCCAGAAGUAACGACUAAAGCGGAUAUCAAACAUGCCAUUUCAUUAACACGCGUAACUCCGUCCCCUUCUCCUCCUCCGGCACACUUCCCCCCGGAGCCCCCCGGCAAACAGACCACGCAGGUAAACAAAGCAGCGUCCCCUGAUUCAUCCUGGCCCCCACCACCUCCACCAAUAGUACAAGUGGUGGGUGCGCCUGAUGAGUUAGAUUUCCCCCUUCCGCCUCCACCUUUAAUUAGUGGAGACGGGUUAGUUGCAGCCGUUCCGACGUCGCCGCCAAGGUCCGUAUCUGCUUCAGGAACAAUCACAGGAGGUCACUCAUACUGCACACCUCCGAUAAUUAUGGUGACCACGGAACCUGAACCAGAGGGUUCUGUCACAUCACAUGGGGUUGCACCUCCAGCUCAAUUGAAUAUACCCCCUCCACCAGCCUACGCAGCCCCCCCUCCACCAAUGACAGCCGCCAUCCCUAUGAGAAUGACAGAAGGCAUUAAUUCUCCACCUAUAGAGGUCUCUCCUUCGAUAACUCAACAGGUUUCUCCACCGCCCCCAGAUGUCAUUCCAACUGUGUUAACUAGAGAGUCUGUCCCAGCACCGGUUCAAGUACAGCCUCCUCAGAUAACAAAAUGCAUCCCUCCACCUUUGGUCAAUGUUAAAGAAGAUCCCCCAGCAGGAAGUCAGCACCUCCUUCCGCCUCCAGAAAGGGGCUCAGCUCUUUGUUCUGAAGACGCUGUUUCUCCAUCUUGUCAAGAAAGUCAUUCACAGACACCGGAAGAAGAAACCCCGGCUUCCAAACUCUAUCCGCCACAAAGUAUUCCUCCGCCGCCACCAAUUAAAUCCCUAAAACCAGAGUCAGAGGUCAUCCUUGAACAAAAGAGCGUCUCAUCUGAAUCUCAAAAUAAGCUGCUUUCACGUAACGGUAUUUUUACUCCCCCACAAAGUAUUCCGCCUCCAACUCUCUUACACCUUCUCCUUUCAAGUAAGCUUGCAGUACCAAACACUGAUGGGCUCCAUGCUAAGGAGGCCCCCAGUUCACCACCAAGCGACACUUCCAGCCCAUCAAAUUUUGACAUCUCUACGUCACCAGAGAGGCCCGAGGACCCGCAGUCAUCGCCACCUGGAAGCAUUCCUGUGCCACCACCUCUUCCUGUUGGGGGUCUUCACAGUCAUUCGCACCAGACAAAUAUUGCAAGCACAGAGAACGAAACCCCUCAACCUUCUUCUGAUCAUGUUCAGGAGGAACCCAUCCCUGUGGUCACCCCUUCCCUUCUGCAGAUGGUCAAAUUGCGGCCCGUUAACAACAGCCCCGAAUCUCCUGUGGCACAGGAACAAGCUCAAGCUGUGGACGUUUUGACAAACCAGCAAGCCAGCAACCCGAUGCCAGCCCCCCAACUCAUGAAUGAGGCCCCGCAGAAGCCCAUUAGGAGAUCUCUGAUCAUAUCCUCUCCAACAUCCACGUCUCCACCUGCCGUUGUCACCUCCGUGCUAUCCCCGCCCCAGCCCCAGUCUGUUGUUAUUGUUGCUCCACCUCCACCUCCACUUUCACCUACAGCCCUCAAGUCUCCAGCAAUGCCCACCUCUCCUCUCCCCUCCAUGAACCUACAAGAGGCCAUCCGCCUGCGGACAGCUGCCAGAUCAAAAGACAGCUCUGCACUUCGCCUCAGCUUGCAAUCACCCACGUCCCCGAAAGACCACAGUCGGUCUCCAACCAGCACGGCAAGCUUUAUCUUCUCCAAGAACAAGAGAGUGGUGAUAGACACCAAAAAACCCUUACAGAAAACCCAAGACAUUUCGAGCAAGGUGGUCGAGGAGGUGGAGUUGGCAAAGAAAGUCAAGAUGCCACCACCUGUUGCAAAGAAACCCAUAACAAAGGCCAUAGAUGUGGACAACGGCGAUGGAAUGGAGCAGACUGCAGGACAGCCAGCACAGACCGAGAGCAUCAUCGAUGCAGCAGAGGACUAAAAUGGAGCAGGGAGGAGGAAAGACAUGAUCCCUUCAAACUGAAGACGAGACAGAUUUUAUUGCUAAGUUGUUGUAAAAUGG